AACAGAAUGGCUCCAUUGAAGGGUGUAGUGGUGGCAGUGCCAAUGCUAGUGCUCUCAGUAGCAUCUGCUGCCAUCUUCCUCUUCUUCCUUCUUUUUGCCCUCUCCUCAUGCUACUGCCCUCCCGCCACCUCCACCACUUCGGCCAACAAGAGAUCCACUACGGAUCGAAUAUCUCCAACAACAGAAGACAUCGCGUGGGUGAAAGAUCAAAUCCAGCAGAAUAACCUACAUAUGCAACUCAAUGUCCUCCACAAGGGCAUUAACCCUCGCACUCGCGCUCAACAGCUUGAACAUUUAACCCAAUUCAAGGGUAUCUCGCACUACGAAGGAGAUGAAGCGAACAACCACACUUCAUUGCCAUGCCCUGGAGAAUUGCUCGUAGAGGAACACCACAGCAAUUAUGGGGAACCCUAUGCUGGAGGACGCGACGUGUUUGAGUUUCUUGUAGAGUCAGUUCAGCUGAAGCCAGAUUCCCAUGUCCUCGAGAUUGGAUGUGGUACCCUUCGAGUUGGACUGCAUUUUAUCUGUUACUUGAUUCCAGAGCACUUCCAUUGCUUAGAAAAGGAUGAGCUUUCUCUUAUGGCGGCAUUUAGGUAUGAGCUUCCAUCUUAGGGUCUCCUAUACAAGUGCCCUUUGAUCUUGAAAGGUGAGGAUAUGGAUUUCAGUAAAUUUGGAUCAGGUUUCCAGUAUGAUUUGAUCUAUGCAAGUGUUGUUUUCCUUCACAUGUCGGAUAAGCUCGUUUGGGCAGGACUGGAGAAGUUGGUAGCUAGGUUGAAACCUUAUGAUGGUCGGAUCUUUGUCUCUCACAAAAUAUAAAGUUCUGCUCCGGAUUGGG